GGGCCGGCGCCCUCUGGGGCUCGCGGCGGUCGCUGAACCUCAGUCCGCCGUCCGCGCUCGCGCCGCCACCAUGACCCACGCGCUGGUGCCUGCGGCCCCCCAGCCGCUGGAGAAAGAGAACGACGACUACUUUCGAAAGGGCUGUAAUCCCCUUGCACAAACUGGUCGAAGCAAGCUGCAGAAUCAAAGGGCGGCUUUGAAUCAGCAGAUCCUGAAGGCUGUACGGAUGCGGACAGGAGCGGAAAACCUUCUGAAAGUAGCCACGAACCAGAAGGUGCGAGAGCAGGUACGCCUGGAGCUGAGCUUCGUCAACUCGGACCUGCAGAUGCUCAAGGAGGAGCUGGAGGGGCUCAACAUCUCCGUGGGAGUGUAUCAGAGCACAGAGGAGGCGUUUAUGAUCCCUCUGAUUCCUCUUGGCCUGAAGGAAACCAAAGACGUUGACUUUUCAGUCGUCCUCAAGGAUUUUAUCCUGGAACAUUACAGUGAAGAUGGCUAUUUAUAUGAAGAUGAAAUUGCAGAUCUUAUGGAUCUGAGACAGGCUUGCAGGACACCCAGCCGGGAUGCAGCAGGUAUUGAACUACUGAUGUCAUACUUCAUCCAGCUGGGAUUUGUGGAGAGUAGAUUCUUCCCGCAUACUCGCCAGAUGGGGCUCUUGUUUACCUGGUAUGACUCCCUCACUGGCGUCCCGGUCAGCCAGCAGAACUUGCUGCUGGAGAAGGCCAGCAUUCUGUUUAACAUUGGAGCCCUCUACACCCAGAUUGGGACCCGGAGCAAUCGGCAGACCCAAGCUGGACUGGAGAAUGCCGUGGACGCCUUCCAGAGAGCUGCAGGUGUUUUAAGCUACCUGAAAGAAACAUUCACGCAUACUCCCAGUUAUGACAUGAGCCCCGCCAUGCUCAGUGUGUUGGUCAAAAUGAUGCUUGCACAAGCCCAAGAAAGUGUGUUUGAGAAAAUCAGCCUUCCUGGGAUCCGGAACGAAUUCUUCAUGCUGGUUAAGGUGGCUCAGGAGGCUGCCAAGGUGGGAGAUGUCUACCAGCAGCUGCAUACAGCCAUGAGCCAGGCACCAGUGAAAGAGAACAUUCCCUACUCCUGGGCCAGCUUGGCCUGUGUGAAGGCCCACCACUACAGGGCCCUGGCCCACUACUUUGUCGCCACCCUCCUUAUCGACCACCAGUUGAAGCCGGGCGCAGAUGAGGACCACCAGGAGAAGUGCCUGUCCCAGCUCUAUAACCACAUGCCAGAGGGCUUGACACCCUUGGCCACACUGAAAAAUGAUCAUCAGCGCCAACAGCUGGGAAAAUGCCAUCUGCGCAGAGCUAUCACUCACCACAAGGAGUCUGUGAGGGAGGCCAGUCUGUGCAAGAAGCUCCGUGACAUCCAGGUACUUCAGGAGGUGCUGUCUGCCGCACAUCAGCGCUCUCGGCUCAAGUACAGUCAGUACCAAGAGGAUGAUGAUCUUCUGAACUUGAUCGAUGCUCCUGAUAUUGUUUGUGAGUGUCUAGAACUAAUGUGCCUUUUGUUGCCCGGAGGCCUGUGUCUGCUGUGUAGACUGUGCCCUGCAUGGGAAACCAGGGUACCUGAAAAAGGGGAAGUGGGGUUCACCUUGCGAGGAAAUGCUCCAGUUCAGGUCUACUUCCUGGAUCCUUCCUGCUCUGCUGCGCUGGCAGGAGCCAGGGAAGGAGAUUAUAUUGUUUCCAUUCAAGGCGUUGAUUGCAAGUGGCUGACGGUGAGCGAGGUUAUAAAACUGCUGAAAAGCUUUGGUGAGGAGGAGAUUGAGAUGAAGGUGGUGAGCCUCCUGGACUCUGCAUCCUCCAUGCAUAAUAAGAGUGCCACGUACUCUGUGGGAAUGCAGAAAACUUACUCCAUGAUCUGCUUAGCCAUAGACGAUGAUGAUAAAAGUGACAAAACCAAGAAAGUCUCGAAAAAGCUUUCCUUUUUGAGUUGGGGCACCAAUAAGAACAGACAGAAGUCGGCCAGCACCUUGUGCCUCCCUGCAGUUGGGGUGGCAAGACCUCACAUCAAGAAGAAGAUCCCCACUCCUUUCAGCCUGCUCAACACUGAUAGCUCUUUAUACUAAUGGGAGGAAACAGAAAUGUUCAGGCCCCAAAUGUUUCUAGGGCUAACUAGGCCUUAAAAUUUGUGCCAUAUGGAAAAUAUCCAGAUAUUGUCAAAUCCCAUUUUGACACAGCGUAAACUUGUAUUUGACAUGCUUUUAAGAAAGUAACAAGAAACCUCUAGAAAUUCGUGGAAAAUAUGCUUAUUUGAGGAAUGUCACUAUAUUGCUGCAAGAUAUUUAUUCUAUAAAAUAUUGUAAAUAGAAUAGUAUGGAUAUUAUGGCUGUUUUCAGUGGUUACAGUUAUAAAUUUCAGGCGCUGAGUUAAAUUGGGGUUUCCUAUAAAAAUAGAACUAUUUGCAAGUGUUAAAGUUUGGAUAAUAAUCAUUCCUUAACCUAGAGUUCAGAGGACCCUUGAGUUAAGGCAGGUUGGAGGACUAUGACAGAAUGAAAUUUGUUACUAGAAACAGCUCCAAAGAACUGCUUCCUCAUGGGAACUUACUAAUGUGAUAAGAUUUUACUAUUAUUUCUACAUAAUAUGAAUGCUAUUUCCAGAUAAAGUCUAGUGCCAAAUUUGUUUUGACUUUUUUUUUGGCAGUCCUGGGGAUUGAACCCAACUCAGAGCCCUGGGUUAGCCCAGAACUGCCAAAAAUAAAACAUAAAAUAAAAUAAAAAUAAUUUAGGAGCACCUUUUCCUCUAGUCCGAUGCCAUUUAUAAGUUGCUAACACAGUGGCAGUGUUAGAUGGAGAUGCUGUCUACAGGGUAGAUAAUAUACUGUUUGAUACUCAAAACUUUAUUUUUCAUUUUGUUUAAAGUAGAAAGUACAUAACUAUAUAUUUUUAGAGUCUUGGGUAAAAAAGUAGUUUUUAUAUUUUGUAAGGUAAAGAUGUAAAUGAUUCAGGUUUAAAGUUCUAUUUGACUUUUUAAAUGAACAUUCUUACCAAUCUGAUUUCUCUGGCUGCAAGUUGGAUGACACUGUGACUCUAAUUAAAGAUUCAUGGUUGACAUACAAAUGACAUAGCUUUUAAAGUAUAGCUGAAAUCUAAUGUGAGGAUUAACAAGUAUUUUCUAUUGUGCAAUAUCUUUAGGGAAGCAACCACCUUUGGGAAAGUAUAUCUACUGCUAUUAGGGCCAUGUUUGUAUAAAUAUUUAAAUAAACACCUUCAUUUACCUGA